AUGGUUAAAAAGAAAGGAAAAAAAGGAAAAAAGAAAGGAAAGAAGAAAUAGAAAAAGGUCAAGGAAUACGAUCCUCCCAAAUAUGAAUUACCAGAAUACGAAGACCCAGAUAUUGUGACACCAAAAGUGGAAUUGACUAUUAAGUUAGCAAAUCCUGUUAAUGAAGUACUAACUCUAAAAUUAUCUGAUAUUCCAAUUACAACUAGAGUCGAAUACAUAAGAUAAAAAAUAGCAGCUAUGCACCAAGGAGCAGUAAGUGAGAUCAUGAUUUGUAGAGAUAGAUUCAACCCUGAAGAAGCAUUUGACCCUACUAAAACUCUUGAAAAAUGUGGAAUAAUUUCAGAAGGCGAAGUCAAAUUGUUUUAUGAUUUCAAACCUGUAACAAACCCACUUUUAGUUUGA